AUGACUACUACAAUGCUCUAUACAACGGGUGCUUCGAUGGACGAGCCAACGAACAGAUUUGCCAGCAAGACCAACAGCUCGGGUAAGCCCAGGCACAGGCCAAAGAGCAUCCAGAUUGAGCCCUUCGAUCCCAAUGAGCUGAGCAAGAAGCUCACCGGCCUCGCUGUUGAACAAGAUGGACAGCCAUUGCAACAAAACCAACUUCAGGUGCCCAUGUCGGCAAAUGACAUGGGCGAGCCAUCUCCAAGGACUAUUCCGGCACAGCAACCGGCUCCAGCCACGACAUCAACAGCACCCAAGUCCCACAAGGACAAGAAGAACGACAAACUGAGUACACCUACUCAGGCUGCGCCAUCCCGCCGAAGCAGCAUCUUUGACCACCUCCGUUUCAGGGGCUCCAACUACACUGACGAAACUGAACGGCAGGAAGAAGAAGAUGCCAAGAAGAAGGUCCGCUAUCGACAUGUGCCACAGGUAGCGGCGCAACAGUUUGCUCGAACAACUACCGUGGAGCCUCUGGCACAAAAGGCUCAGCCCUCCCCCAAGGGGAUGAGACCUGUCCCCGGGCCUCACUCCAUGAACAAUGGGAGCAUGUCGCUGCAAGAAUACAACAGGCAGUACAGACGAGCACAGAGUCUAUGCAGCGGUAGACCAUCGGGACCCCCUGGCCGCACAAGGCUGGAGAGUACUGCAGAGGUGGACGAGGAAAACUCGCAGCAGAAGAACCCUCGAAUCUCUGUCCAGGGCUGGAACGAUCUUAAGGCGGGUGAGCCAGGCCGAAGGAUGAGCACUGGCAACAUGUGGGGAAGAGGUGAUCCCCAACUUCAAGUCCCGUUCCGCAGAGACUCAACCGCCGUCGGGGCCGUCUGCCAGAACAACCCUACCUCUGGAAGACGAGGUUCUGCCAGCUCAUCGGGCUUCUCGGACGUCUCGUCGCCAUUUGCGCGCGAUUCUGGUCCAGCGUCGCCCUUCAAGACCGAGUUUGGCGACGCCAACUCUCCCAACCGGCGAGGAUCAGACAACACCAGCACGACGGCUUCGCGAAGGAGCAGUGUUGCCAACAUGGCCAAUCCCCAGCGGGCUGCCGAGGUGCACCGUGUGGACUGGUCGCAGAGCGAUCAGCCAGCCAAGGUUCGACGAGAUUCCAAGUGGGCGGGCCUCAAGCAGCGCAAGGCCAGUGUGAACCAAAAGACCAACAACGGGGAGAAGCUUAGCCCUGCUGGUAAUGUAACAGAGGUUCAGGCUCAGCCUUCAACCUCACCAAAAUCACCCAAGGCUGGAUUUCUGGGGCGAUUCAAGCGUUAG